CCUGGGGGUCUGUGUAUAUUAAGUUCGAGUGACGCUCAUGAAGUGCAGCUGCUGUUGAGGGUCGGAGAUGUGAUGUGGAGUUUGGGCUCAGGCGGCUGCGAAAUUGGUCUGGCGGAGCCUUUUCCUGCGGCUGAGAUAUGGCGAAUGUCAAAGUGGCUGUGAGGGUCCGGCCCCUGAGCAAAAGAGAGCAUGCAGAAGGAAGAAGAAUAAUUGUAGAAGUUGAAGACAGAGUGGCAAAAAUUAGAAACAUAAAGGUGGACAACAGGUAUGAAGCUCUUUGGGACACAAGGGAGAAAGUUAUGUCCUUUGGGUUUGAUUACUGUUAUUGGUCAGUUGAUCCCGACAAUCCCAGAUAUGCAUCCCAGGAAGUGGUUUUUCAAGACCUUGGUACUUCAGUAUUAUCUGGUGCUUUUAAAGGAUACAACAUUUGUCUUUUUGCAUAUGGACAGACUGGUUCGGGAAAAACAUACACCAUGAUGGGAACUCCAGCAUCUGUUGGAUUAACUCCACGUAUAUGUGAGGGGUUGUUUUCAAGGGAAGAUGACUAUUUAAAACAGCCAGCGUCUUGUAGAGUGGAAGUCAGUUUUCUAGAAAUCUAUAAUGAGCGAGUCCGAGAUUUGUUGAGGCAAUCAACACAUAAAAAACCAUACACACUUCGUGUUCGUGAGCAUCCUGAGACAGGGCCAUAUGUACAAGGACUAUCUCAGCAUGUGGUUACAGACUACCAUCAAGUAGUUAGACUUCUGGAAGAAGGAAUAGCAAACAGAAUUACUGCAGUUACACAUGUUCAUGAUGCCAGCAGCAGAUCUCAUGCCAUCUUCACUAUUCAGUAUACUCAAGCUAUAUUAGAGAAUAAUCUGCCCUCUGAAAUUGCAAGCAAGAUCAAUUUAGUGGACCUUGCAGGCAGUGAAAGAGCUGAUCCCAGUUACUGCAAAGAUCGGAUUACGGAAGGAGCCAACAUUAACAAAUCAUUGGUGACUCUUGGAAUGGUCAUCUCUACCUUAGCACAAAAUUCUCAGAUGACCAGCAGUUGCCAGAGUAUAAACAGCAUAGCCAGUGAUGUGGAUAGCAGCCAUACAGGCAGUCACUGUGAAGCUAGCAUCAGUGGUCAGAGGCGUCAGACAUACAUUCCAUACCGUGACUCCAUUCUUACUUGGCUCCUGAAGGAUAGUUUGGGUGGUAAUUCCAAGACAAUUAUGAUUGCAACGAUCUCUCCUGCAAGUUCUUGCUAUAAUGAGACCAUGAAUACCUUGCGGUAUGCCUCAAAUGCCAAAAACAUUAUUAACAAACCCCGGGUGAAUGAGGAUGCAAAUGUGAAGCUGAUUAGAGAACUGAGAGAGGAAAUUGACAGAUUGAAAGCUAUGCUGUUAAAUUUUGAGCUGAGGAAUUUUAGUCCAUCUUGGAUUGAGGGUAAAGAUGGAAAUUUGACAGAAUUAGUUCUUCAGAAUGAACUUAAGAUUGAGCAGCUGACCAAAGACUGGACAGAUAAAUGGAUUAACAAGAAAGCUAUCAUGGAAGAAUACAGUGUGGAUAUCAACAAGAAAAAAUCUGGAGUGGCGAUUGAUUCCAGUUUACCUCACUUAAUGACUGUGGAUGAAGAUAUCCUUAGUACUGGAGUUGUGCUUUAUCAUCUCAGGGAAGGAACAACCACAAUUGGAAGAUGUGAUUCAAAUCAGGAACAGGAUAUUGUUUUGCAGGGUGAAUGGAUUGAAAAAGACCACUGCAUUAUAGAAAACCACCAUGGGAUUGUGACUUUGCAGCCUGUUCAGGGAGCCCAUUGCAUUGUGAAUGGCCACAAAGUCACAGAUUCCUUUCGUUUGUCACAAGGAGCUCUUGUUGUUCUGGGUAAAACUCACAAGUUCAGGUUCAACCAUCCAGCUGAGGCUGCCAUUUUAAGGCAAAGACGUUCGAUCAGUGAGACCUCUUCUGCUGUGAGUUGUAGAUCUCUUGAAUGGUUAAAUCUGGAUGGAAACUUUGCACCUUUCCUUUCCUAUAACUUUUAUCCAGCUGAAAAAGAAAGUAAACAAGUACUUGCCAUUGAUGAAGAAUGCCAGCCGAAAGAAAAAAACAAGGAGAUUCACCACAGCAGGAAACUUCAAAAGCAGCUGCUAUAUGUUGAAGAAUUACAGCAGCAGAUUUUGGAUGGAAAAAUUAAAGCUGAACAAGAACUAGAACAUGAUCAGGCAGUAAUCGAUCAGAAGACCAGAGAAAACCAGCAAUGGCUCAUUCAUGAAAAGAAACGACUGUCAGUGCAGCAGCAGGAAUCUUCUGUUCAGACAGAAGCCAAAUCAUAUGCAGAAGCAGGAGUCCAGAAUAUAUUGGAACCAGAGAUCUGUCCUUCUCUGAUACAGCAAAACAAGAAAAAAUUGGUGCAACUAGAACUUUUGCAGAAAUACUCCUUAAAGGAAGCAGAAAGAAAUUUAAGGUGGAAGGAGGUCAAGCUGUACUUAGAGAGGAUUGUGAAGAAGCAAAAGUUACUUGAGGCCAAGAAAAACCUGGAACAUUUGGAAGCUAGUUGCUGGAUCAGUGAAGAGAAUGUGAAACAUUCCUAUCCUCUAUCUCAAGAUACCAUAGUAACUUCUUGGGACUGCAAAUAUCCAAGGCCAGGCCAGUCAUCAGAUGGAAGCUCUUUGCAGUGCAGAAGGAAUUCCUUUAUAAAUGUUCAUCUACCACAUAUUCCUAGUCACUGUUUUUUCCUGAAAAGGGAUACCUCCGAUGAAUUAUCUACCUCAGCACACAGCUACAGAUGCUCUCAAGUCAGUCCAUCAAAGAAAUCAUUGUCUGUGGAAUAUCUUCCCAGAACAGUUAAAGAACUUUCAAGAACAGAUAAUGUUGAUGUUGAGACUGAUGAUGGCUCCUUCCCAACCCAGAGGCAGCUAACUGAAAUAUAUAUGUCAUUAUGCCUGGCGAAUAAACAAAGAGCAGGCAGUAGCAUUAGUAAUGGGCAAGUAAUUUCUCAUAUCCAUAAAGACUACUGUCAAAUGGAGAAAACAGAUAAUAAACCAAGGCAAAUUCAAACUAAAGCCCAGAUUUCUAAAAGCUGUUCUCCUGAUCUUUUCAAGAAAAAGAGCGAACCUGAAACCAGAAAACAGGUGACUAGAACAAAAGCAAUAGGAGACACUAGUCUGUGUAUUGGAAAAUACUUAGAAAAGAAUGAAUAUCAGGAGAUCAAUGAGAAAAAAGGAAAAUACGGAAGAAAUAAGCACCGAGGUUCACUGUCAGCGAGUUCUAACAAAGUCUUAAAAAGGUCAGCAACGUGUGGUAAACUACCAGUACACCAUCUUAGCCAGACAAGAAAGAAUGUAAAAAAAGAUCUGCAAGACAAACAAUCAGAGGAAGGACAUAAACUUCUGAGAUCCACAACUUCAGUGGGAAGCCUUAACAAGAUAAAUAAUGAGAAACUUAGUGAGAAAAGGUGGCGUAGUGAUGAGGUGUUGAGUGCUGGAAUCUCAAAAACAGCCCCUGAUACACUGAGGAGCUGGCAAGAAGAUGAAGGCAUUGAAUUUUCUGAUACAGAUAGUACAUAUUCUGUGGAUUCUCUUUCAUGUAUUUGUACAACAGUCCUGACUGAGCAAGUUAGGCAGGAAGAGUCAGCUGGACUUCAGGACACCCUUGACUUGGAAGACUCUGAAAGUGAAGAUAGCCAAAUGUCUCAGGAUUCUCUUACAGAAAAGGUGAACAGAUCUGAAAGCCAAGGUCAAAACUGUUUUUCUCAGGCCCAUCAAGAGCCUGUUAACUUUUACAAAGACAGUAACUGUCAGCCUCUCUCAGCAUUGGCAAAUGCAUCUACAUCAGGCAGUCAUUUGACUGAGCAUGAGAGAAGCUUUUCUUUGGAUAGUUUAGGUGAUGCUGAUGAAGUGUCAGAAGACAUGACAGAGGAAUGCAAAUUGGCGUCAUUUGAUGAAGUACCAGCAGAACUUUUUUGGGGAUUGCAAAAUCCACUAUUAGAAACUAGAAACAGCAGUGAACAGCACAAUUCUGAGACCUGUGAGGAAAAUAUAAUGAGAGAAUCUGAUGACUUGAAUUUCAAUGCUAGUUCUUUUUAUCUAGAUGCUAGUAUGCAGUCUGGUUCCAGUAGCUUUUGUGAUCAGUCACAGAAGGAGAUGAAAAUUAACUUUUCAGUUCAAGGAAGGUCUUUAGAUCAAAGACCCCAGGCUACAGGUGAAAAUCUUCCAAUUUCAUUGGAUACUUGGCUUUCCUAUAACUUAAAAAAUGGAAAACACAGCCCCAUAAUAGCAAUGCCUUCUUUCCAAGAUCAUGCAGAUUUUCAGGUUGCUCAGGUGCGCCCUUUUAACACAUCACAUAGCUGGAUGAAGAAGGAUGAACUAAGACAAUCAGCUGCUGAAUUAUCAUUUGUCUCUUAUAAAGAGCCUCAUGGGAUAGUUCACACGCCUAACAAAAUUGAGAUGCUAUUUUCAUCUGCACCAUCAUCAGCACCUUUACCAGAAACAAGAAAACAUCUUCAGAGAGAAACUGCAGGAGCUGUAAUGUCAGUUUUAAGUUCAGCAGCAGACAUUUCAUUUGAUCAUGUUUCUGCAUUUCCUACAAAACACAGUUACAGUGAGAUUGCCUCACCGCUAGAGUCUAAUAACCAUAAACCUGAUGAGUUGGCUGAGGAUGGAUUUAUUGAUGAAUGGAAGCAAACAUCUAACUGUUUAAAAGAAACCUCAGGCAAAAAUAAUUCAUCCCAUGCAUCAGAAAAACAAGACUUCUCUAUUUCUUCAAUUUAUCCUGAGAAGAAUGAAGUUUUAAAAACUAACUCAUUAAUUUCUACAUCCAGUAUGCACUGUUUACAAGUAGAAGAACCUCACAUAACUACUAAUUUAGAAGACUGCAUUUUUAGAAUUAUUGAAAAAGAUGACAAUGAUUAUGACUGUGAUGGUAGUAUAAAUGACUCAAAGAUAGUUGAUUCAAAUACAGAAGAUAAAUCCAUCUGCACAUUAUCCAGUGAGCCUCCUAGAUUGGCUACAGUGGGUGCAACUUUAGAAAACUAUAAAGGGCAUGAAAAUUUGUUUUCAAAAGAGAAAGCAUCAUUAUUUAUUAAUGAAAGUUUCUGUCUCCGUGACUUAAGAAGCAAAAGUCAGAAUAUUGAGGAAGAAGAGUAUUCUAAUGACAAGAUGCAUUUGCUAAGACAUGAUGGAUGUAAUUUUGACCUAGCACAGAAAAUAAGAUUCCAGCAAGUGUCAGCAGUAGACACUUCUGUAGACAGUUUUUCUGAAAAAAAGUUGUAUCAAAUGAAGACAACAGCCUCUCACCAUAAUGAUCAAUUUACUCCACUACUGCAAAUCUCUGCAAUUGAGAAAGCCACUAUACAUGAAAACAGAGAUGUCUUAACAGAAUCUGCUUUAGAGGUGCCUUCCUUUAGAGAGGUGGAAGAAAACAAACUACAAGAUGAAGAAUGGAGAUCAGAAUUUCAAACUGAAGCCUUAAAGAGCAAGUCUUAUUCAGGUUUCAUAUCAGACGGCUCUGAAAAUUGUUCAAGACGAAAAAGUUUGUUAAAUUUGGAUACUGAACAUUUGAUGCGAAACAGCAUUGAAGGGAAAAUAUAUAGCAUGGCUCGUAUGGAUUUGGCGACAGACAAUGUGAUAUCUUCUAAUGUGAAUGUAAAUGAGAAAAAAGCUGAACUUUCAGUACUUGAUUCUUGUUCAGUUGGUGAGGAAGUCUCUUCACAAUCCAAACCAAAUAUGUUCUGCCAAAAAACAAGAAGAGUAGAAAAGGAUGUUUGUGAGACUAGAUCAUCUCAUGCAGAAAAUAAUUCAAAAGAAACUGGCUUUUUUACCACUACUGAUAAGAAACACACAGUACACACAGUUCUUCAUAAUUCUGUCAAAUUUGGCUGUCCUGGCAAAACCAAAGUUCGACACAGAUCUUUACCUUCAUCAAGAGAGGUGAAAGAAGCAUCACUUUUAUGUAUGGACCUUAAAAAAACUGACUGUUCAGGAGUGGAAUUGUGUACCACUCAAAUCAGAAAUUGCAAUGAAAAGAAUUCUGCAAAAGUGUUAGAAAAUAGAGUUUUCUCAGCUACAGCUUCCCAAGCACAGACUUCCUGUGGGAAUAAAGAAUCUGAAUAUCUCAAAGAUGUCACAGCUGUAACACUUUCUGAAGAAAAUAAGAGUAAACACAGUAGUGAGUCAAUGUGCUCUGAAGAACUCACUAAGCUAAGAAAUAGUGUUAACAAACUGGAAAGUGACAUGUUAGAAAUUAAAUGUAAUCAGAAUAAAAGUUUGCAUAAUUAUCUUGGAAUUGAAUCUCAAAGUAGACCAGUAGUGAAUAGGAAGAACUUUGAAUCAAGUUCUCCCUUUCACAGACUCAGUGAUGAUCAUGAGAAUUGUGAAAGAAAAUUGCUUGUAACAGUAACACAGGAAGAAACUGAUCAAGAGACGGUCCAGCUGAGCGAUGACUGCAAAGCAGAACUGUAUGCAUCAAUAACAACUGGACCCAACAUCACCUUCCAGUUAAGAAAUGUCAAUGAAAAUAAAAUCCAAGAAAAUACAAAAGAAAGAGAAUGUCACACCACAGGCAUGGAAGCAGAUUAUAAGAGAAUUGACUCAGCUGUAUACUGUAGGUCAGCAGUUUUAACUCAAAAAACCGUAAACUGCCUUGCUGAAUAUGAAGAACUUGUUCAUGCUGACAGAGUUAUAAAAACUGUUUGUGCCUCUGUACCCACAGUAAUUUCGGUACCCACUGAAAGCAGGCAAGAGGAUACUUCAGGUUGCAGUAAAGGACAUAAAAAAAUGCCUCCUAACAACGAAAGUAAGAGUUGUUUAGCAAAAAGCUUAAUAUCCCCCAAGGUUGUUUUUCAAGAAACUAAAUUUGAUGAGAAUAUAAUUAAUUUUGAAACAGAGGGCAAAGAACAAAGUGAUGCAUCAGAAAAAGCGUGGUUAAUUGGGCCACACACUGCUGAAAAUGAUGUUUUGGUCCAAGAGAAACCAGCUUAUGAGCAUAUGUAUUGUGACAGUUCUGCUGCUGCUGAUGGUGAGAUACCCGAAAAGUAUUUUGUUGCUUCUAUGUUGGAAGAAGAGGAUGGGCUUCAGUUACCAGUAACAUGUCUUGACAUCAGUGAAACACAGAGAGAAAGAAGUCAUGCAGGUGUAGCAAAUAAAACACCGAAAGACAACAGUAAUGAUGGUUCUUUGUGUCAAGAUACAGAUGUCAUUGGGCAAUGCAAGAUAAGUGAAGACUUUGGACAAGCUGACAAUUUUGAAAAUGUUAACACAUCUAUAACUUCAGUUGGAAAUGGACUUGAUGUUUAUAAAUCUGUCCCAGAUGACAUUAUACCUAGCCAAAAAGAGGAACUGCAUCUGAUAACCGCCAUGCAUUCAGCUAUGACUGAGGUACUGGUCCAUAACUCCAACACACAAAGCAUGCAUAUUUUUAAAAUGGGAAAGGAAGAGAGGUUUAUCAAAGAAAAGAGUGAAAGAGCAGAACUAGAAACUUCACAAAAUCAAGCUGAAGUUCUAUUGGAGAACAAAUACAGUUACUGUUUUUCAAAUAAGGAGAACUUGUUAAGUGAGGUAUCAGAAGAAAGUGAAUGGUUACCUCACAUUUUUUCAAAGAAUAAAGGUGACUCAGUAAAUGUUAACCAAAAAGAUCUACCAGAAAGUAUAAAUCAAAGCUAUAGAGCAACUGCCAUAGGUGUUAAAGAUCUCCUCUGUCAGCCUGUCUGUAGUCUUUUAUUAACUGGAAAAAACAGAAGUGGAGAAAACACGCAGGAUUACCUUACUGAUGCAAGCAGUUCUUCAGUGCUAUUCAGUAGAAGCACCAGUGAUGUCGCAGGUCUCCAGUACUAUGAAACACAAAUGGAUAGUGACAUACAGGCUGGAGCACUCUCUACCUGUACCAAAGGAAGAAGAGAUGAUUCUGAAGUUGUGCAAAACAAAUAUAUUAACUUUCCUCAUGAACUGCUAGAGCAGGACAGAGACACAAAAGCAGACAUCCAAUUUAAAAAAACUUCUCAUUAUAUUGGAUCUGAGCAAGUUCCUAGUGAGGAUAACCCAUAUUUAAAAUCAUGUAUUGCAGAAUACCAUGGAUCUGUAGCUUUUGCUUCUACUAAUGACACAGGCACUGAAACAGUGCCUCUUACAAAGUUGUUACCUGAAAAUGUAAGUCAUGAUUUGGGGAGUUCUAACGAAAGACACAGUGCAAGAGAAGACCAAAAGCCAGAACAUUGUUUGCAUUCAGUUAAAAACAUACAUCAAAAAGAACAUGCUGUGUUAGGUUCAUUGGGUUCCAAAACAAUAAAUUUAUUUCCAUCUACAGUGUUCAAAAAAAAUGUAGAAGAAAUAAUACAGUGUUUACCUGAACUUUCUUCACAAAAGAAUUUUAAUAGUAUUAAUAGUCAGAAGGUGUUAUAUUCACCAUUGCAACAUAAUCAGACAAAGAAAUGUUCGCAAAAUAUUAAUUGUUCUGAGACAGAAUAUAAAACAAAUAGUGAAAGAAUUAUCAGAGAAUUGGGAUGCCAGGAAAAAAAUGAGAUUCUGCUGUACGGAUUUUCUCAUGAUCUCUGUGAGAGGGACUCUGAAGUGACUUCAGAACAUGGAAAAGAACUUUUACAGCAUUCUACCCAAGCGUUUACUAAUUACUGUGAUGACAGUUGCAUGGAGCGCAAUAUGAAAUCAUAUGCUUCUGAAUAUUCUGCUAGUCUCUUAAAUAGUUCCACUUCAUUUCCAACGGUUUUGCUAGAGUACCCUAUAGACAAGUAUGAGACUGAUGAGCAUUAUUUUGGAGAACAAAAAUCUAUAAACUCUGAAGUUUUGGAUGUAAAAGAUGAUUAUGAUGUGCAUCGAGAAUAUAGCAAAAUCAUCAGUAAUGUUGAGAGUGCAAAAACUCAAGAAAUAGUGGAAAUAUAUCAAAACAAAAAGCAAGAAGAAAGCUCUUUCUCUGAAUGCCUGGUUAAGAAUGAGAAUCAUCUAUGUUUACUGUCUGAAAAUAAUGUAGAUAGGACAGAAAUAAGUUUGCAAGAGAGAAGCUUGCUUACUAAUCAGAGUUUGGAACAAAUAAGCAAUAAUGAAGUGAUUCAGACUAAUUUGUGUUCUCGAAAAGAUUUUUCCAUGUGUACAGAAUUUAAAAAUGCAAGUAAUCCUGAGUCCUCAAGAUCACCUGAAGAUUUCACAUCUUCUAUGUGCAUGCGUUAUGCUGACUCGCUGCAAGAUGCCUUUUUGACUUCCCAUUUGACAUCUGCUUUUCAAGUGCAAGAAAAUCAAGUGGUCUGUCAUCAUGCUUUCCCAGAGGUUCCGUGCUCAUCUUCAGAAGCUUCUGUUAGUCUCAGUAGAUGUCAGAGCGAAACUGAAAGAUCAGUUCUAAACACGGCUGCAUCGAGCUUCCCAGAGCCCGCUACCAGUCAAAUGCAGGAAAGUCAGUGCAGUGAUACUGUGAUAUUUGGCCAGCAGCCAUGUGCUUUAGAAACUAUUUCUAGCUCUCAAAUAAACACAAGUUUAGAGGACAGUGAAAUACAGAGCAAACCUGAAAGACCAAUUAUAAACUCAACUACUUCAGGCUUCCCAGAACCUGCUACCAGUCAAAUGCAGGAAAGUCAGUGUGAUGAUACUAUGAUAUUUGGCCAGCAAACAUGUGCUUUAGAAACUAUUUCUAGCUCUCAAAUAAAGACAAGUUUAGAUGACAGUGAAAUUCACCAAUCUAAACUUGAAAAAAACCACCAUGAAGCAGAUGUUUGUCAAAAGUAUAGGGUUAAAGUUCCAGUACAAAGAUGUUUAGAAAACCUUGGCCCAAAUUCAUAUCCUUUUUCACAUUCAUGCCCUGAUUCACAAAGAGAUCAAAGUACAUAUUUUAGUAGCAGAGUUAAUAUAGAAAAUAGACCUAUCCCUGAAGCUAAUACUGAUCACAAAAAAUGUGAGUUGAUGAAUAAAGAAAGGGAAUUUGUGGUGUUAGAACAACUAAAUCCUUCAGUAAUUAAUGACAAUAUGUCCUCUGAGUUUUUAUCAGGUAACAGCUGUUUGUCUUUCCAAAAAGAACCUGAACCAGAGAUAUUUAGAAAUAAAAAAAUAGUUUCUGCUACACAAAAUGCAAACAUCAGCAAAGAUGAUGGUUUACUGAGUCAUAGUUUGUCAGCCCCAGCUAUUGCUGUCAUGGCUAAUUUUGAAUGUGCUUCUGAAACUUCAUCUAAAAUAGACAGUUGUGAGCAUCUUGCUUCCAAGUCAUUACAGGAAUUAAAUAUGAGUGUUGAGCCUCCAUCCCCAACUGAAGAUGAUGCACACAGAACUGAUAGCUUUUUAAAAUUUAAGGCAGACAAUGCUGUACCAGUUAAAUAUAAACCCAGGUUUCAAAAGAAAUCAUUUCAAGCUCAGAGGUCCAUUAACUGUGAUAAAAGAAACUGGACAGAACGAUCGCAGAGCAGUCAUUUUUCAGACACCUCUCCUGUUGACUAUCCAGUAGCUGUUGAUCACACAACUCAUAGUUCCAUGGAUACAGAAGCUGAGAAGUGCUCAAAUAAUGUUCCUUUAGUAUAUGGACACAACAUAAACACAGAAGAACCAAGAUUCCAAACCGGAGCAACAGGUGGACUAUUACAGGAUAAUAAAGAUGCAAUGCACUUUAGUUCAAGUGAUAUUAAUCCAUAUAUUCACUCAUGGCAGCAAGAUGAACGUUGUAAGAUGGGUUGGAAGCAGUAUGUUUUUGGAAGUGCAAGUGAUGUCUCUAGCAACCCACUCCCAUUGAGCCUGGAUACUCCAACAGUUAUGAGGUGCUCCAGUGUGGAUAAUGGCUUAAACUCUGAGAAUUCUCCUUUCCAUUCUCAUCUCAGUUCUUAUGCUAAUGCGAGAAUGCUAUCCAGCACCAUAAGUAGCACAGAUGACAUUCAGAGAUGGGAAGUUGUAAGAGAGGGCUUUGAAUCUACACAUUCGGAUGAAAGUAGCAAACAUUAUUCCAUUGCUUCUCAUGAUGAACAUGAAACUACAUCUGAGAACUGUGUUUCCAGAUGUGAACGCUCUCAACAGUUUGGCAACACAUCCAUGCAGGUUGAUGAAAUUGUUCUACUCUACCCUUCUGAAUCAGAUGAACCCUGUAGUAAGCCUCAAGGGCAUCUUACUUGUGAACAGGAAACACAAACCGAGCCUCCAACAAAGCAUAAAAGACCGAAAAGACACCGCAGAAGCUACACUGAUUUAUCUGCAAGAAAACCAGAGGGAGCUAGGAGUUCAUUCCAACAGCCAUCUUCUUGGUCAAGCGUACAGAAUCUUUCUAUGCAUUUGUCACAGCUACUUCACAACACUUCUGAACUGUUAGGAAAUUUUUCUUUACACAGUGUUAAAGAUAAUGAACAAAGUGACCAAAAAACAAAAGAUAAGGAGAGUGUGAAAGCUGCAGUAUCUGAUAGCUGUACUCAAACAACAGAAGACAGAGGUGUUCAGACAGAUAUUUUAAUAUAUCCUCAACACAAGACCAAGGAAAACCAAAUCAAACCUAAAAUGGAAAAUGAACCAAUGAAAUCUCAGGAUGUAAAUGUGAUCGUGAAGGUUGUACAUACUGAUACAGUAGCUCGGAUGAAGGAGAGAAUAUCAGAUAGAAAGGGGUUGAUGCUACAGAGCAUGCCUGACUUAAGAAGCUAUGAUGACAGAGAAACUCUAGAAGAGUCCCAUUUGUCUACGGCUAACUUCAGUAAAGACUCUAGUUCUUCUCUAGAUGUGCAGAAGAUACCAUUAGCCACUGCACGAACAGUUACUCUUGGCAGUCCUGAAUCUUCUGUAGCUAUAUCUUCUCUUCACUCUCAGCAUGAUGAGACUUCACACAUGGUAGUUAGUAAACCUUCCUGUAGCAUUUCCCUGUCUUCAGCAUGCUAUUCUCAAGACAGGAAACCUGUCAGUAAACCUGGAAUUCCAGAAACAAGGGAGCUGUACUGUAAUAGCGGCUUGUUUGUUGACCGUGCAUCUUCCCCUAUUCUGACACUUAGUGCCAGUCCAGUCAGUUGUCAGCAUUCGUUAAACAAAUCCACAUCUUUCAGAGGUUCUAUUGGGAAUCCAAGAGAUCCCGCAAAUGUACUAACAAAUGUUAGAAAAAGGGAAUCAGGCCCACUGUAUGACUUGAGAUCUCAGGAUAUUCAUGUUGAUACUUCUUCACAAACAGAUAGUGAGUCUACCACAUCUAGAGAUAGCAAGGACAUUUGCAAGAAGUCUGAAAAUGUCUUGGAUAAGAAUACAGUCAAAGAGCUUUCAGAUAUAGAAGCAUCAAAACAAAAGCAGAGGUUUACACAUACUGCAAUUCAUACAAAAAGACUCUAUCAUUCAAGCAGCACUUUGGAACUUUCUAGCCAUGGAGGAUAUUCAGUUGAUGAUCACAGAAAGGCUGGGCCAGUGGAACAUUCCUUUCAUCAGAUAUGUGCAACCAGGAUGGCAAGAAACUUUUCAGGUGGAAUCAAGUAUGAAAGUCCUAUUGGAAAUUCUGCAUCCUCAACAACUAAUAAAUCCUUUGAGAUAUCUUUAAAUGAGCUUAAUAGAUCUUCCUCUUUAAAAUCUACUGAGUCCCCAGAGUUUCUGCUUGAUUCUUUUUCUCCUCAGUGCCAUUGGAGGACUAACAAAAGCUAUCCAUGUUCAGCAUCUGAAAUGAGUGAAAUGCAAGGUAAUUAUACUGUUGAUGCAGAAUCAGAUAUGGAAAACAAGUGUAAUACUGAAAUUCUAAAUGAAAAUACUUCCUUAGUAAAGACUCACAGACUUCGUAGCCAUAGUCUUCGUGACCUACCUGUGCACAAUAAAUUCAGCAACUGGUGUGGUGUGAAGGGUGGUGCUCACUCAUCUUUAACUAGCCUGACUCAAAGUACUGGUGAUAUCCAGAGCCCAGCAGAAAGGAGGACAAUUAACACAAGAGCAAUAGAAUUUCAAGAUAGAUCCUUGCUUGGUGAACUGAGAACCAGAGAAAUUGAGAGACUACAAAGAGAGCGUGCCCAGGUUAUGUCUGGCAUCCAUUUAGAUAUGAUUCAGCCUCCUCUUACUGUGGAACUCACUGAGGCAAAAUUAAAUUAUGGCAUUGGGGAAACAGAUGCACAACUAAGGAUCCUUCAGAGUGGAGCAGGCGAGAAUUUGACAUCAGUGCCCACAAAACAGCAACAUUAUGAAAGGCACACAAAGUCAAUUGAGAUACUGAGAAAACAGAGAGAGGAGAGACUUCAGUGUUUCCGAAGAAGUCGUAGCCUUAGUCCGCAAAAACAUCUUAGUCUCCUGCAAUCAGUGGAUGUGAACCAGAGAGAUUCAGAUCUGCCUAGCCGACGUCUUGAGUACCUACAGCAACUGAGAAGAGAUGUGGUAGAAAAUACCAGAGUUCAUGAACCAAAAAUGAGGAUUCAGCAUCCUUCAGAGAUUGAGUUGCUGCUUCGAGAUUAUCAGAAAGCACGAGAAGAGACAAAAACAGAAAUUGCACGAGCCAGGGACAAACUUCGAGAAAGAGCAGAGCAAGAAAAGAGGCGCAUUCAAGAGCAAAUAUUCUCUCAACUACAGAAGGAAGAAAUGAAGCUGAAAACCCUUGUAAGCACAAGCACUUUAUGCACAGAUUCUACCCUCAGUCUGUCUUCAGGACCAACAUCUGGAUACAACAGUAGUAACACAGCAACGUAUGCUGCUAGCAUACUGGGCAAGCAAGAAGAACAGGCUUCUCUUGAAGAUGUAGAAUACCCAAGAGGCCGCUCAGCUAUUAGAAAUCAUCAGAUUUAUAUUCGUGAGCAACAGCAAAAGGAUUCUACUAAUGAGUCUUUUCAUACAACAUCCUCAUGUAUAGAGAAGAGCAGUAUCCAGUCAUCACUUCCUGCUGGCCAAAGGUUCUUUCAUAGCAUAAUUGUUUCCCCCAGCACCUUUCCAGCUUCUCCUGUGAAAGGAUAUGAGGAUUUGUCUAAGUACGUCUUGGCUAAUGCUACUGCAGAGGUUAUGGCAGUAUGUUCCAAUGACCUGAGAAAUCUUUACAGUGGCCAGGCGACAGCUGGUUGGAAAUACCAAUGUAUGGAAAAGGAUGUGUUAGUUUAUUAUAAGGCCUUUUCAUCAUCUGCAACAAAGCAUGGGUUCUUGGGAGCAGGAGUGAUUGACAGACCUCUUCCCACUGUGUUGUGUAUGCUGAGGGACCCUAGCAAAAGGCAUUUGUAUGACAAGACCAUUACCACAGCUCAAGUACAUAAGAAGAUAACCAGCAGCAUUGAGUUGGUCUAUGUGGUGAGUGACAUUUCAUUGUGUUACCAAAAGCAACCGAGGGACUUCUGCUGCAUCUCUGUAGAAGCCAAAGAGGAAAAUGUGUCCAUACUAGCUAUCCAGUCAGUGUAUGAAGAGUCAAUGCCUCGUCCUUGUAAAGAAAUGGUACGAGGAGAGAUUUUGCCCAGUGCUUGGAUAUUAGAACCAGAUACUAUUAAUGGAAGAGACAUCACUAAAGUAAUCUACAUGGUACAGGUUGACCUUGGUGCCCCAGCCAUCCCUGCAAGGCUUCUGAGCUCCGUUGCCAAGCGACAGCCUUUGGUGAUAGCUAGACUGGCUCAUUUUCUUGCUGGUUAGGCAUGUAUGGAGUACUGUUAAAGAAAUAAAUCAGUUUAUCAACAAAGUGUAAAUACCAGCAGUGCCAGGAUUCUAGUUGACUAGCUGGCUUCAGAACUAAAAGCAAGCUAGCCUAGAACAGCUAAAUGGACUGAGCACACCAAUACAGAGCAUUUGGUUUUGGACACAGCAAUCCAAAAAGCAAACUAUAAUCAAAGCUUUUACUUGUUAAGAUUUUGUUCUUUUGCUCAGCAUUUGGAGAAAGGCAAUCUCUACAGAACCAGUGAUCAAGCAAGACUUGCUUCUUUUGUAAACCACCAUUGACAGCCAAACGUUUGCAAACAUCAGCAGUUUUAAACUGAAUUGUUUCUUCAGUCUGUUGGAAGACUGUUGGUGCAACAAGACACAGAGCUGAUCUAAACUUGAAUUUAGAGGUAGCAGGUUUGGGGUUCAUUUCAGUAGCCCUUCACCACUGUAGCAAAGCUACUGUAAUGUUCUUUGCAGAGCACCUGACCAAAGGGUGCUUGCACACUAAG